ACACAAAACACAGCGGACGGUGUUGAUCGCGCUGAUAUCACGAGCUUUACCUUGAAUUUAUCAUCGUUGAAUUUGAUAUCAGUGUGAAUAUGUUUUGCUUAAAACUGUUGGUAAUCAACGUCUUGAUAUCCUGGAACUCAUUUGUCUCACCUGAAGUAAAGAGUGUGGACAUUCAAACAGGUUAUGAUCCUGGCUCGUGUAGCAAGAAGGAACGUGGUUUGUUAAAAUUGAUCAAAGAUCGUUCCAACAAUGAUAAACUGUUAAUUUGCGCAGAACAAAAUGCAGUUUAUGGCUGGAAAACAACGGACGGUUCAAAUCCAUCCGGCGAGUACUUCAACCCAGGCUACGACUGCACGGAUAUUCUAAACAGGAAUUUUGAGGCUCGAGAUGGAUUUUAUUGGAUAGAUUUGAAUCGUGCUAAACCUAAGAGGAUCUAUUGUGACAUGACAACAGAUGGAGGGGGAUUUGCGUUGAUUGGUAAACUCAACAGUUCUGUAACAUGGAAAGUUCCGUCCAAAAACACAACAGUUGAUCCAUUUGGUAAAUCUCAGUGGUCCAGUGAUCUCGGUGACGCUCCUGUUCUUGAUUUCAGAAUACAAAUAUCCACAACUGAAAAUUUUGAAAAAACCAAAGCUCACUGGAUUUAUCGGCUGCGAAAUACGCGUCCUUUAAAAAAUAUUAUGAUCAUUAAUCAGGGGGGUUGUGGACCCACAUCACCGGGCAUUGGCGACAUCGCAUAUGUCCAAGAUCUUGGAACUGAGAAAAUUGUUGCAACAAACUUUCGCUGCUCACAGUUUGGAACAUAUCAUCAUUUUUUCCAAAAAUCCGGAUGGGCAAUGAUGAACGAAUGCUUCGAAAAACAAUGUCCCCAAGGUUUUGCAUUUCACCCAAAGUAUCCAAUUCAAACUGACUCGUCAGGAUCUUUUAGCUACAGUGUGGUUAGCAAAACAUCAGGAAUCAAUUACAAUUCAACCGCAUUUAUUGGCUGUGACAAAGGAGUGUGCUGCAGUUGUUUUAGUCCACCAGAUAGCACAGACGAUCUCUGUGGCACCGAUUGUAAGGCAAAACCUGGCGCAAAUGUGGUAAAGAAUGUUUAUUCAUGGUUCUGGGUGAGAUCAUCUUCUCCAAAGAAAGUUUGGAACAAAUGCAUGGAUUAUAAAGUUUCUGAAGCGAACGGAGACGAGGUCUGGUACAAGUUGGUUGGUCAAAACGCUGUCCCUAAAAGAGGUCGUUGUUCCUCCAAGGAACCACUUUUAAAUGAUGGGAUUGUAGUUGUUCCUGACAAUUUCACAGCUAGCAACAUUCCCGAGGUUUCAGGGUUAUUAAAAUAUCGCAAGGACAAUCAGAAACUUUAUGUGCGAUCCAAAACUAGCUGGAAUAUGAUUGCAGAGGAAAAAAAGCUUGACCAACUCAAGGCCGCCCUCUCAAGACUCGAGUCGAAGCUUACGACACGUUUGGAUGACUUAACUCAAGCUGUUAGAAUAAAAGGAAGUUGCGCCCACCAUUACAAAUAUGGAAUGAGACAUGAUGGUGUUUACAUUAUUGAUCCUGAUGGCCUAGGAUCGUUCAACGUUCGAUGUGAUAUGACAACAAAUGGAGGUGGUUGGAAUGUGAUUCAAAGAAGACAAGAUGGAAGUCAAGAUUUCUACCUUGGAUGGUCAGAAUAUAAAGCAGGCUUUGGUGAUCUUAACGGAGAGUUCUGGUUGGGACUUGAUAAAAUACAUCGUUUGUCUAAAUCUGGCCAAAAUGUUCUAAGAAUUGACUUGAUGGAUUUUAAUGGCGCUGAACGUUACGCAAAAUACGGAACGUUUAAUGUAGCGGAUGAAAGCGAUAAAUACAGAUUGGGCAUUGGCAGAUAUUCAGGUGACGCAGGUGAUUCUCUUGCUUAUCACAAUCAAAUGAAGUUCACUACCAAAGAUAGUGACAAUGGAUGCUUGGGGUAG